AUGAAGUGCUGUGGCCUUGUGACAUCCGGUCGCGGGCCGCGCAAAAGGAAUCCCAGGAUUAUUGGCCUGGGCGAGGCUUCCGGUGAUGAAGAUGGUCCAACGAAGCCAACGCAAGAAAUUCUAGAAGAGAUGUAUUCUCCUGCAACCAGGACUGGUGCAGGAUUCGUUCGGCUAUGGAGACAGGUUGAUGCCAAGGAUCAAGUCUUGGGUCGUCUGGCAACACUGAUAGCACACAACUUGAUGGGCAAACACAAGCCGAUCUUCGACCCACGAAUCGAUGUUGGCGAUUAUGUCGUAGUUACCAAUGCCCGACAUGUCCAAGUUACAGGGAAAAAAGAGGACCAGAAGACGUAUUAUUCGCACAGUCAAUAUCCAGGUGCCUUAAAAGCAACCCCAUACAAACAACUGAUGGACCAAAACCCUACGAUGAUUCUGAGGAAGGCAGUCAGUGGAAUGCUGCCCAAGAACAAGCUACGUGAUCGUCGAUUGGAAAGACUGCACAUCUUCCCAGACGAAGAACAUCCAUACCACGGUAACCUUUACAAGGACUACACCCGUAUCCCUGUUACACAAGAUCAACCCGAACCACAACCUCCCACCCAACCUGCAAACUCAAAUCAGUCAUGAUAUCGUCUCGUUGAUCAGUUGUACAUAGCCCUGUCACUCUGUGCGAAUCUCUCUUGGUGAUGUGUCUCAGCCCAAAUCCAAAAUUAACGGCCGAUUGGAUCCCCCCCCCCCCACAGCAUUCUCCUUCUUACUUGGCCUGUAGCCUUUCUGGACAGACUUUGACCAAGAGUCAACACAUUGACCUUUCAUCUUCUCCCUCAGUGGAAACUCAACGGAAUGAACUUUGCAUGGCUCACUAGACCCGUUCAUGAUGGUUACCCCAGCGAGAAAAUUCCAGCAUGUUAUUAUGGUGGAGAGAUCUUUGGGGUAAA